UUUGGGCCGAUUUGACGCAAGUUUUGAGAUAAAAAAAGACAUCUGUCAGAAGUCGACGGUUAGUCCGUGACGCCGAGGCCACAGAAGGAGGCGUGUGCUGCUCUGCGGGGUCGUUUCCGUUAAAUACUCGAAAUCCACCGGAGACACCGACAAACCGACGAACCGACAAUGUCCGAGGGAGACAACAAGAGCGCGAAUAUGCUGGCUCAGGAAACGGCCCAGCUGGAGGAGCAGCUGCAGGGAUGGGGUGAAGUGAUCCUGGCCGGGGAUCGCGUGGUCCGCUGGGAGAAGCCGUGGUUCCCCGGUGCCCUGAUGGGCGCCACCACCGUGCUCUUCAUGCUGAUUUACUACUUGGAUCCAUCAGUGCUGACUGGGCUCUCCUGCUCAGUCAUGCUGCUCUGCCUGGCAGAUUACCUGGUGCCCACGCUCGCUCCCAGAGUCUUCGGCUCCAAUAAAUGGACCACUGAGCAGCAGCAACGUUUCCACGAGAUCUGCGGUAACCUGGUGAAGACCCAGCGUCGGGUUGUUGGGUGGUGGAAGCGUCUCUGUGCCCUCAAGGAGGAGAAGCCCAAAAUGUACUUUGCCUCAGUGAUCAGCAGCUUGCUGGCGGUGGCCUGGAUCGGACAGCAGGUGCACAACUUGUUCCUGACCUACCUGAUCGUGAGCUUCCUGCUGCUGCUGCCUGGCCUGAACCAGCACGGUGUCAUCACCAAGUACGCAUCCAUGGCCAAGAGGGAGAUCAACAAACUGCUCAAACAGAAGGAGAAGAAGAACGAGUAGAUGGAAGUGUGGAGAGAAACCCCUGAAAGCUGAACAACGUCACAAAAUGGAAGGUGGAAGGAAGUUGUUUGAAGAAAAGAGAGAGGAGAGCAGAAAGUUUAAAGAGCCUCCUGCUUCCUGUCUCUGCCACAGAGGAAGACGCACGGUGUUUUAUUUUCACAUUGAAUAAGUUUCAUUUCUCCCUCCCACCCUUUGACAAUUCACCCUCAUCAUCCUUUUUUUUCUUUUGAAUUUAUCUGUCAUGCAUGCAGCACCCGCAGGUUUAUCUGAUAAGGUCACAUGUUCAUGCACAGUACAGACACGACACACACACGCUCCCUUAUCACAGACACAAAGUUGAACUUCCUUCUGUUUACUAGUUUAAGUGUGCUUCAUUUUAAGGUGUCAGUAAUGCUUUUAAGCCAUUCCCUUUCAAAGUGACUACUGAGCAGUUUCUGUAGCAUCGCUGAAUCAUUUUAACCUCUCAGAUUCCACAUAUGGAUUCUUUUUGUCUCGCCAUCUACAUGACCUGUUCUUAUAUCUACCUUUACAUUUUUGCUUAUUCUGCUUUGGUUGUAUUUAAAAAUAGUGCUGAAAACAAAACUGGAUUUAAAGCGGAGCUUGUCAGGAGUGAACCUGUGUCUAGAUACAAGCUUACUGCUGUACUGCUGCUAGCUGGACUCUGUUAGCUCUCCUAAACCCCACAAUGUGUUACUGGUGUGGGCUGUCUCUGUGUAAAUAGACAUAUCCCUCACUCUGUCCCUGUCACUCAUCUUUCUCUGUUCUUGUUAUUUAUGUGUUCUUUCCUCCUCAGUCUCAAAGUUUCUGGU